AUGUCAGGAGUCAAUCGCUAUGGUCAUUAUAGAUCUGAUCAGGGUAAAAGAAAACAAAAUCGAAUUCCUAAUGAUUGGAUGAAUUGCCCUCCUAUAGCUACUUCAGGUAUAGCUAAUUCAUUUGUGGUAUUUAAAACACCAUUAGAUUAUAAAUAUAACAGUACAAUAGCAUUCCAUAAGAGAUUCAAUCCACAAAUGGUAUUUCAACAUAUGUUCUCAUAUCAGAUAUACAUGUUAGCUAUCGCCGGCCUGCUUUACGGUCCGAUUGUGUUACGGUUCAGUAGCUCAUAUUUUCAUCACAUGCGUAAAGCGCAAGUAGAAAGUAUUGGUUUAUGGAUUGAUCUUACAAAUACUACACGUUACUAUGAUAAAUUUGAAAUAGAAAAAAUGGAAUGUGCUUAUGAAAAAAUAGCUUGUGAUGGUCAUGGAGAUUUGCCUCAUCCAAAAUUAAUUAAAUUGUUUGUGAAUAAAUGUUCAAAUUUUCUAAAAAACAAUUUUUCACAGUAUAUUGGUGUUCAUUGUACUCAUGGAUUUAACCGAACAGGAUUUUUUGUAGUUUCUUAUUUAGUGGAAGAACUACAUUAUGAUGUAGCGAGUGCGAUUCGUCAUUUUGCAGCAGCUAGACCUCCUGGUAUUUACAGACAAAACUAUAUAGAUGAGCUUUUUAUACGGUAUGGGCAGUACUCAAAUGAAGCACCAAUCAUGGCUUCAAAACCUCAUUGGAUUUUUUAAUUUUUAAACUUUGUAACCAAUGACACCGCAGAACUGCUUUUGCAAUACUUCCUUGACGCAAAUGUGGUUUUCAUCUACAUUACUCAAAUUUUAACAUUAUGUAUUUGUAUCUAAUAAUGAUAAUAAAAAUAUUGUCUUAUGAAAUAUUGUGAGAUCAAUGUAAAAAUAAAAU